AUGUCUCUCGCCUAUCUCAAUCUAUCGUCAUCGGCAUCGUCAUCGUCAUGCUCAAUUGCUUCUAGUACUUUUAUAUGGAUAAGCAGUAAUGCCAAACCAACCAACCAACCAACCAAUUUCAAUCAAAUCCACCCCGAUCUCAGUCCGCCGUCCGGGUUGUCAUCACAUCAGAUCAGAUCAGGUAGAUGGUUACUAUGGAGUAUGGGGAAGGUAGACAGUCUAUAUAGGCAAAUAGUCCCUAGUAGGGGGGGGGGGGGGGGAAAGUACUAUACGUACUCCGGACAAACCGGUGGGGCGCGGUCGGCUACCUACACAGUACUACACAGUAUUUGUCUGCUCUACUCUACUCCUCUCUCUACCCAGCUGUCUAUUCUAAUAGGUACACAGCAUACGCAGCUUGCUGUCUUACAAUUCAGUUCACGGUCGAGCAGCGCAGCGCAUAAUAACGACUACUACCGCGUCCAGUCGAUCCAGAGUCCCGAGUCCCGACAGACAAAAUAUUACUACUAUGUACAAACUACGGAGUACAGUAUAUCAUACUAUAUCGCCUCAGCACGCAAGCUAAUGCCGCAAUCCGCCUCCCAACACCCGGAGCUGGGAAUCGUCAGGGGUCGGGGUCAGGGUCAGGGUCAGGGUCAGGUUCAGGCACCAGAAUACUCAUCUGAGGGCCUGACCUGACCGAGCUGAGCGGCGGGGG